AUGGAGAGGCACAAAGAAAUAAUGUUUAAGAGAUUUGCAAAAGACAUAGACUUGGACGGUUUAGUUAACUUUGCAAAACAAUUUGAGCCACAUGUCCGUGCUUCUUAUUUUGAGAGCAUCAACUCCAGCAAGGAGGAUCUUGUGAAACUGAUAUUAGUCGAUUCUGCCUUCAUCAUUCACCUCUUUAUGAUGCGCUAUAGACGUCACAUGGAAGGCGAUGCUAAACUAUCACAAACACGGCUAGGGGAGGAUAUAUUUGGUUAUUUACUUUUACUAGAGAAUCAACUUCCAUUCUUUUUCCUUGAAGAGCUAUACAAUAUAGCCUUUCCUUAUAAUUGUAGAGGUGAUCUCCCUUCAUUUCUUGAGCUUACAUAUUCCUAUUUUAACCGUCUUAACAUGCAAGAGUUAGAGCCUAAACACAAGAUAAAGCAUUUCACAGAUCUUCUCAGAUUAUUUUACUUACCAACAACCCAACCGAGAAGGAAUGAAUUGAAAGAAGAUGGAUCUGAUAUGCUUAGGUAUAGUGCAAAUGAGUUACAAGAGGCAGGAGUGAAGGUGGAGGUUAGCAAAAGUAAGUGCUUACUAAACUUGGAAUUUUCAAUACCUGUUCUACAUAUUCCUCAAAUUAAAGUCGAAGAUAUGACUGAAAUUUUGUUCCAUAAUGUGAUGGCUUUAGAACAGUAUCAUUAUCCAUUUAAAACAUAUUUUCAUGACUAUAUGUUUAUUUUGGACAACCUAGUUAACACAAAUAAAGAUGUGGAAGUUCUUGCUCAUGAAAAGAUUAUCAACAACUGGCUAGAUGAUCCCAAAGAGGUUGCUACAUUAUUUAACGGUCUUGAUAAAAAUAUAAAUCACUACAAUUUCGAUAAAGAACAUUUUGACAUUUCCAAAAGUUUGAAUGAGUUUUAUGAAGAUCCUUGGCACAAGAGAAAGGCAACUUUGAGGAGAGAUUACUGCAACACACCCUGGCAAACUGUGGCUUCUAUUGCUGCAAUCAUACUGCUCAGUCUCACCAUCAUUCAAACCCUAUGUUCCAUCCUCCAAGCUGUACAAAAGUAG